AUGUCUGCCCCCUUGACCCCCAAUCCAACAAUUGUCGAUCUAACGGCGACAUAUGGCGCGCUGACGAUAGGAACAUACUUCUCGUUCGCGUUCUGGGGUAUAAAUGCCAUGCAAGCUUAUCUGUACUAUUUCUAUUUCGAGAAGGAUGCCUUGCUUACGAAAGUGCUCGUUACGUUUGUCAUGCUCCUGGAUACAGCGCAUCUGGCAUUGGUCGCCAAUUCAAACUGGCCAACGCUAAUCAAGCAAUGGGGCGAUGUGGCGAUCCUGUCUGUCUAUCCUCAGUCGGCUUUGCAUGCAACAUGGGUCGAGUACAUCAUCAUCGGCAUAGUCCAGCUGUACUUCAUCCGGCGUAUCAUCAAAUUUUCCCGUGCUGCUAAUCAGACUAAUUCAACCUGGUUUUGGUUAUAUUGCGCUUUCCUUGGACUUCUUUUCCUUGCUCAACAUGCGUGCACGAUAGCAUAUUGUGCCUUGGCCAUUGGAAGUCCCAAGUCUGUGGUUCAAGGCAACCUCGUCGUUGGUCUGUCAAUCACUCCCCUUGUCUCCGGAAUCGUCAUCGAUCUCUCCACGACGGUGGGCAUGGUUGUUUUGCUGCGCUCGCAAGCCGCUACCCUUGCACCGACGUCAGGGGUGAUCCGUCGAUUGUCUAUACUGGUUGUCAACACUGGCGCACUGACCGUCGCGAUCACCAUUAUCACUCUGAUCCUCGAUGUGUGCUUCUCAUCGCAGAAUAACUGGGAUUGCGUGACGCUCUACCCGAUGUGCUCCUUCUACAUCCUGAGCUUCUUGGCCAACCUCAACGCCCGACACUACGUUCGAGGCGAUGGUGGUGUCAUCACGAUCUCGAACGCGGAGUUCCUCGAUCCAUCCAUCGGGUUCACCUCCGGCCAAGAUUCGGUCAUCACGGCUUCACGACCAACGCACGAUAUCAAGCUGCGCCGCAUUGGACCCAGCUCCACUCGUGUCGACCAGUCCAUCGGCAGUGCAAGUAUGGUUGUAGAUAAGGAUGUUCAAAUCGUAGACGAUGACGGCUUCGCGCUUCGCGCGGACAUGGUCUUCAAGGAGGGAGAUGAUCAUACGAUUGUCUAA